AACAUUUAUAAUUUAAUGAAGUUCAUAACAAUGGCUGAGGAAAAUAUGCCACCCGUCGGUAGAAAAGUGUACAUAAAUCCAAAUUUUCAUAGCCAAAUGGCUUGGCCGACAACGGAACGACCCGCAAUACACAUAAAUCCACAAUUUCUACAACGCCGUGCAAAGCAGGCAUAUGCAGCAACAACAACUUGUUACGUAUUACCAGCAAGAGCAACCUAUUGCAGCCGAACUGACGCCACCUGCAGCUAAAAUUAUUAGCAAAGCGAGUACGUGUUUGGUGCGAAAGCAGCCAGUGAUAAAAGUUGCUUCUGUGCCCAAACCCAAUCCCACUGUGCAGCCUCCUCUAAUAAGCAUAUCCAAGCGUAAACUUGUAAGGCAAGGAAUGACCUUAACAAAGACCACAAUAGCUUCUGCAGUGCCUGUGAUAACAUUGCCAACGCCAGCCAAGCGCACCAAAUACAAACUGGUGCGAGCUAUCUCUUUGAUCUCCAGCAGCAGCACACCCUUGGUAAAGAAAUUGCGCAGUCGUGAUUUUGUGGCGCGCUAUGCAUUAAGACGUAAUAACGAUGUGAGCCCCAGCAAAAAAUCGAGCCUAAGCACGCAUUUGAUCAAGCCUAGCGUUAAUAAAACUAUGCGUAUGGUCAGCAUUCAUGGUGUGAUGUACAAGAAGACUGCCAAGAAGCUAACCAAGCUAGAUGACAGCAACAGAUCAAGCCCCCUACCUACAACAUCUCAGCAGUCAACUGUAUCUACAGGACGUACUUUGUUCGUAAGCGGCAUUCGGUACGUGCUGGAUACCACGGGCACUCGGUUAACCCGCUUACCCGCCCAGUCGCAUCUAAGCGUUAAUAGGACCCUCCGUCGUCGCAUUGACAUAGGCGGCCUAACCUAUGUAUCCUCACCCAAGGCACAGAACGUUUUUAUACGCACCACCAAUCAUGUAUCGCGUGCUCAUCUUAUUACCGCCAAGCAACGCAGCUUGCAGUUGCUUAAUCGUUCGCUCGUCAAAACAAAUAUACCUUGCGCCAUCUACCAGCGGCUGGGCAAGUGUGCGGCUCAUAAUCGUGGCAAAUGUAGACGACUGCACGACAAACGACAAGUGGCAAUCUGUCCCAGCUUCCUGCGCGGUGAAUGCAAUAAAAAGGACUGCUUACUCUCGCAUAAUAUAACAUUAGAAAAGAUGCCAGUCUGCCGUUAUUUUCUGCGCGGCGUUUGUGUGCGUGAGGAUUGUCCUUAUCUGCAUAAGAAGCUUAGUGGCAAAGCAGCAAUUUGCAUCGAUUUUUUGCGUGGUUACUGCGCGCGUGCCGCAGAUUGCCAUAUGCGUCAUGAGUUUGUUUGUCCAGAAUUUGCACGCAAGGGCAAAUGCGAGUUACCAAACUGCAGCUAUUGCAAGAAGAUGAAUAAACAGUUAACAAAGCAGAGCACCAGAAAGAGCUUUACCAAAGCUAAAAGUAAAACCAAGGUGAUUGCACCAAAAAUAUCACAAGCAUCUGUGGUAGAACCCAAUGCCUCACGCUAUUUCAAAUGCGAUUCACCAGCUGCCAUGCCAGCUGAUGUAGAUGGGCCAGCUGAGCAGGAACAGGACCAAGAGGAAGACAAAGACUCUAGUGGCACUGGCUUACGUCAGCGACCUAAAUUAGGAACGCUACCAGCGUUUAUACCAUUGGGCGAUGCUGCAGCCGACUGAGCGCUGCCACGGAUCCCAAAAUACAGGUACAACUUAAUUUCGUUCAGUUUAUAUGUAUUUGUACAUAGUUUUUACAAAUUCUUAUUUUCAUAGCUUCA